UGGAUCCCGGGGGCAGCUACAGCAGCCCUGGUGGGUCCACGCCAUGGCCACCUGCUGGCAGGGCCUGUGGGCCUAUCGCUCCUACCUGAUUGUGGUCUUCAUGCCCGUUCUACUGCUGCCUCUGCCCAUUCUUGUCCCCACCAAGGAAGCCUACUGUGCCUACACCAUCAUCCUCAUGGCGCUCUACUGGUGCACCGAGGCUCUGCCCCUGGCUGUCACCGCCCUCUUCCCCAUCAUCCUGUACCCCAUGAUGGGCAUAAUGGAUGCCUCCGAGGUCUCCAUCGAGUACCUUAGGGACACCAAUAUCCUGUUCUUUGGGGGGCUGCUGAUGGCCAUCGCCGUGGAGCACUGGAACCUGCACAAACGCAUCGCCCUUGAAGUGCUCCUCAUCGUUGGGGUGCGGCCUGCCCUGCUGAUGCUGGGCUUCAUGUUGGUCACCGCCUUCCUGUCCAUGUGGAUCAGCAACACGGCUUCCUCAGCCAUGAUGGUGCCCAUCGCGCACGCCGUCCUGGAGGAGCUGUACAGUGUUCCCAGGGGCAAGGACAUUGAGGAGGGCAGUGAAAACCCCACCUUUGAACUCCAGGAAUCAGGUUCCCAGAAGGAAGAGACCACGCUUGAUAACGGGCAGGUCCACCCAGUCCCGCCUGCUCCUUCAGAGCCCAGGGCAAAGCAGAACCAGGAGCAGGUCCGCUUUACCCAGGGCCUGAGCCUGUGCGUCUGCUACGCGGCCAGCAUCGGGGGCAUCGCCACACUGACUGGCACCGCCCCCAACCUGGUGCUGCAAGGCCAGAUGAACACGCUCUUCCCCGAAAACCCCAAUGUGGUGAACUUCGUCUCCUGGUUCAGCUUUGCCUUCCCCACCAUGGUCAUCUUGCUGGUGCUUGCCUGGCUGUGGCUGCAGAUCUUGUUCCUGGGGUUCAACUUCCGGAAGAACUUUGGCAUUGGGAGUCAGGAGGGGGAGAAAGAGCGGGCAGCCUACCGCGUCAUCCAACGGGAACACAGGCUGUUGGGCGCCAUGACCUUUGCAGAAAAGGCUGUCACCGUGCUCUUUCUCACCUUGGUGAUUCUCUGGUUCACCCGGGAGCCGGGCUUUUUUCUUGGCUGGGGCAACCUGGCUUUUUCCAACGAACAUGGGGAAAGCAUGGUGUCUGAUGGGACAGUGGCCAUCUUCAUCGGCAUAGUUCUGUUCAUCGUGCCUUCCAAGAUCCCAGGGCUGACUCAGGAUCCAAGAGAACCGGGGAGGCUGAAGGCCCCUCCUGCCAUCCUCGACUGGAAGACAGUACAUGAGAAGUUGCCCUGGAAUGUCCUGUUUCUGCUGGGAGGUGGCUAUGCCCUGGCCAAGGGCAGUGAGCAAUCGGGCCUGUCACAGUGGCUGGGAAACAAGCUGACUCCACUGCAGAACGUGCCGCCUCCUGCCAUUGCCUUCAUCCUCUGCCUCCUGGUUGCCACCUUCACUGAGUGCACCAGCAAUGUGGCCACCAACACACUCUUCCUACCCAUCCUGGCCUCCAUGGCUCAGGCCAUCUGUGUCCACCCUCUCUAUGUCAUGAUCCCCUGCACUCUGGCCACCUCCCUGGCCUUCAUGCUGCCUGUGGCCACCCCGCCCAACGCCAUUGUCUUCUCUUUCGGAGGCCUCAAAGUGACUGACAUGGCCAGGGCAGGAUUCCUGCUCAACAUCAUCGGGGUGCUGGUUAUCACGCUGGCCAUCAACAGCUGGAGCUUCCCCAUCUUCAAUCUGUACACCUUCCCCUCCUGGGCCCACUCCAACACCACGGCCUCCUGCAGGGUCAGCCCGGAGAACAUCACCACACCUACCCCCUAGCCCAGGGCAUAAUCUGGCCAAGACUAGGAAGACCCACCUCAGAAGCCAGGAGGGGACACCCAGGCUCCAAGCCAAACAUUGUGAGAAAGCCACAUGUAUACAUGACCUCAUGUGUGUCUGUAAGGAAGGUGUGUGUGUGCUCAAUCCGGUGUGUCUGAGAAAAAUGUGUGUGUGUGUGUGUGUGUGUGUGUACAUAUAUAUGUGCAUAUGUGAGGAUGGUAUGUCAUGUGAGGAUGUCUGAGAGGGAGCGUGUGUCAUGCACGUGAUCCUAGGCGUGUAUGCUUGACAGUGCACUUGCGUGAGCUCACAAACAAUACAACAGGCCCUCUCUGGCACCGCGGGUCUUUAUCUCCCCCACUUGGUGGGUGACCAGACCCCUUUGCACUGUAUUUAUUGAAACUCAGGAUUGAGGUGGCCUGGGGAGCAGGGCCUACCAGCAGUUGCCAUGGUAACAGCCUCUGGGACCAGCCCAGCAUACUGAGGUCUCCUCAGCCUCUCUGGGUUGGGGGAGGGUUCCAAUAUUAGCCACAUUAAAGUCUUUUUCAGUACA